AACAGAAGCAAACUUGGAUGAAGAAGGCGUUAUUAUUGAGAAAGAUCCUGUUUUGUGGGUUCGAAUAGAUCCUGACCAAGAAUGGAUUCUCAAAUUCGUGGAAUUUCGUCGUUCAGAGAGAGAUUCUAUAUCUUGUUUGCGAAAUUGUCGAGAUGUGUGGGGUCAGUUGGAAGCAUUGGAAACCUUAAUGAGUAGAACGAAAGGACGAGUUUCUGUAACUUCUAUUCGAUGUUUAGAACAAAUUUUGACAGAUUCAAGAUAUUAUUUUCAAGUAAGAGGCGAGUGCGCUCGAUGUUUAGCGAAAUGUUAUACUACAAACGAUCGAUUGAUGGGAUUGGAAGCCUUAUUAAAGCUUUUAAGGAAUAAAUAUUUUGACAAACAUGGAGCUGUAUUAUCGAAUCAUUUUGAUGAUAUAUCAGAAUAUUUCGUGAAAUGUGCAGUUAUUCAAGCCAUCGCUCAAGCAAUUCAUCCCAUAUCUUUUCCUAUAUAUGGCUAUGAUUCCCAAUUCUCUUUGAAUCUUGCUUCAUUUCAAAUGACUCAUAUACAAGAAAGCCUUCCGUAUGAUGUCUUACAAUUAUUAUUAAGUCUUCUGGAACAAAAUGAUACUGCAUAUCCACCUCUUUUUGAUGAUUGUUUUUAUUUACAUAAUCUAAUUAUUGCUUGUGCAAUCUGUUCCGUAUAUGCUAAAGACCAGAUUACCCGUCAUAGAGUUUAUAAACAAUUGUUUCGUUACUUGAAGAGAGAAGAAGCCAUGCCAAGUUAUCACAAUAUAAUAACUGGAGCAUCUCUGAAGGGUUUGACUAUUUUACAACUGGGUGGUUUCUUGAGGAUUCCUAACGACUGGGAGCCUAUGGUAGUUUCAGAAACGGAAGGUUUGGUAUCCAGUGAGCGAGAAUCCAAUGACUGGGAAAAGGCUCUUUGGAAAAGUUUUCGUAGUUGCAAUUUACUUCUGAUUAAAAUAGCAAUGGAAUGUCUGUUUCAUUUGUAUGGAGGCCACAUAGAAUUCUUAGAAUGGUUAUUAGAAGCGUGGAUAGAAAAUAGAUUGGAAAGAUAUGAACGAACUCGAAGAUCUGCAAUUCGUUUGUUGCAAAAGCAAGUUGCUUUAAGAGCCACAUUGAGGAAUCGUCUUCGCAAAUAUGAUGAACAGUCAAUACAGUUUUGCUUACGUUGGCUACGUUGGAUGGUCGAAGAGAAAGAUUGUCUUGUCCAGUCGGAAGGUUUGAAAGUGGCCAAGCAUAUUUGGGGCAGUUAUAUUCCUUUAUGUCUACUGACCAAUGAAGAAUAUGAAAGAGAACGCAAUGAAAGAAAGAAAUCUCACAAGGAGAGAAAGGAAUUAGAUUAUCGACUGGAAGGUAGGAAAAUGGUGGUUUUACCUGCUAGAGACCAAUCAAGUUCGUUCUCAUCACCCACAUCUCAGCAACAACCAUCUGAACUUGGUGUAGAAAAUGUUCAGCAGCCAAAAGAAUCGUCGGCUUUGGUUAAUGAACAAGCAACUCAAGAACAGUCUGUCGAGAAGUCUAGUUUUUAUCUAAUGAAGGAGAUGAUGGAAAGAAUUAAGGAAACAUGUGAUCUGGACUCUGAAGACGAACACUAUAUGCUCAGUUUUUUGGAACAAGGCUGUCAAGGUGCCCAUGUGAAUUCGGUUAAAGUAUCAUUGAGAAAGUUUGGUUUGGAGAAACUACUUGUAAGAUGGCAGCAACAGAAGAGCAGCAAUGAAUUUCAAACUCCAAAGGAAUUUGAUUGAAAUUUUGUUCUCCGAAUUGAUUCGUCGUUGUGUGAGAAGAGAGGAAGAAUAGCUAAACCCUUUGAAAAUGUUCAAGAUAUUUUUGUUGCUUUGUUUGUUGGUUUAUAUUGUAGAUGCCACCAACAUGGAGACAAUACUUGCAAGACAAGUGAGCGAAAACGCAGUUACCGAUACUUCUGUUGCCGGUGCGACCUUUCAGUUAGUUUUUUGGACCAGCGUUGUGCUGGUGCUCGCUAUAGGUUAUGCAGUUGCAGUUUUGGUUCGAAUGCCGUUGGAAAUGGACAGUUUAUUAUAUGGUGAUAAAACAGCCAGUGGAUAAUUAGAUAUGGCCUGAGUAUACCAGGAGGCAAUUUGGCUGGUUCACCAGAAGAGCCCGACAAAUAAGAGUUUUCUUAUAUGUGAAUAUCUUUUCGUUGUACACAUGGAAGUGAAUACAUUCAAAUAAAACAAUCAACUAUUUAAGUUUUCAUUUGAAGAAAGCCAUUCCAGAAUCC